AUGCCCCCUCGGGGUCUGGGUUUGGAGCAGUUACUGCCAUCCAGCCAGGGAGUCCACAUCUUGGCCCAGGGUUGGGCCUGGAGAGGAAAUAGAAGGACUAAUAUGGAGAGCCUGUCACCUGAAGAACUACCUGGCCAUCCUCAUCAGGAGGAGGCCUCUGCCUGCUGGCGGCUCACUGUGAGGGUCCUGGAGGCUCGGAGCCUGUGCAAGGGUGAUUUGUUGAGUGAGGUGGAUCCAUAUGUGAUCCUACAGUUGUCAACAGCUCCUGGAAUGAAGUUCAAGACCAAAACAGUCAUCAACUCCAGUCAUCCAGUAUGGAAUGAGACCUUCAGUUUCCUCAUCCAAAGUCAGGUCAAGAAUGUUCUGGAACUGAGUGUCUAUGAUGAAGACUUGAUUAUGAAGGAUGACAUUUGCUUCAAAGUUUUCUAUGAUGUCUCAGAAAUCCUCCCUGGCCAACUGUUCCAGAAAACCUUCUCCCUGAAUCCUCGGGGACCAGAAGAGCUAGAUGUGGAGUUCCUGAUGGAAAAAAUGUCAGACCCUCUGGAAAACCUCAUCACCAACAAUGUUCUUGUGGCCCGAGAGCUGUCAUGCCUGGACAUCUGUCUGGACAGAGCAGGGAGCACCGCCAUGGCAGCAGAUCAGGACAAAGUGGAGCUGGAGCUGAUGCUGAAGGGGUCCUAUGAGGACACACAGACAUCUUCCCUGGACACUGCCUCUGUCUUCAGCUUCCACUGUGUGAGGGGUCAAGACAUAGAGCUGAGUGGAUGCCUGAAGAGCUCUAGCGGCAAUGUCUGGAACUCGAAUACCUCAAUCAGGCAUUUCAGUGUACCCCUGAGGUCCCUAGCCACAGGAAAGGACGUGACCAUAGAUAUUCCUGCUACAAAUGCCCCAGUGAAGCUUCAGCUCAAGGCAGACUGUUGUCCUAAGGAGCUGGCUGUGCGACUGGGCUAUGGGCUCUGCCCUGAGGAGCAGGCCUUCCUGAGCAAGAGGAAGCAGGUGGUGGCUGCAGCUCUGAAGCAGGCCCUGCAACUGGACAGAGACUUGAAGGAAGAUGAGGUCCCUGUUGUGGGCAUAAUGGCUGAGGGAGGAGGUGCCCGGGCCAUGAUCUCACUUUAUGGUCACCUAUUGGCGCUGCAGAAGUUGGGCCUCCUGGACUGUGUGACCUACUUCAGUGGCAUCUCAGGCUCAACGUGGACAAUGGCCCACCUGUACCAGGACCCAGAGUGGUCACAGAGGGACCUCGAGGGACCCAUCAACCAUGCCAGGGAGCAUGUGGCCAAGAGCCUGCUGAGAGCAUUCUCCCCUGAGCGCCUGGCAAGCUAUCACAGGGCACUGAAGCUGCGGGAGGAGCAGGGCCACACCAUCACCAUAGCAGACCUAUGGAGCCUGGUGCUGGAGUCCAAACUGCACGGUCAGGUGACAGAUCAGAAGCUGUCGGGACAAAGAGCUGCACUGGAGCAUGGUCAGAACCCUCUACCCCUCUACUUGAGCCUCAAUGUCAAAGAGAACAAUCUGGAUACCCUCCACUUUAAGGAAUGGGUGGAGUUCUCUCCCUAUGAGGUUGGAUUCCUGAAAUAUGGAUGCUUUGUCCCUCCUGAGCUCUUUGGCUCUGAGUUCUUCAUGGGGCGGCUGAUGAGGAGGCUUCCUGAGUCCCAGAUCUGCUUUCUGGAAGGUAUCUGGAGCAACAUUUUCUCCAUAAACUUGAUGGACAUUUGGUAUGAUUUAACCUCUGGGAAAGACUGGAAACAUCGCAUUGCAGACAAGGUCCAGAACUCAGAGGAGACCUUGACCUCCUCUGGAACCUCCUCCUGUGUGGAGGCCUCAUGGCUGCAGCCUGGAACAGCCCUGGCCAAGGCAUUUAAGGGCUUCCUGACUGGCAGGCCAUUCCACCAGUGCAGUGCCAACUUCCUCCAUGGCCUCCAGCUGCACCGGGACUACUGUGACCAGAAAGACUUCUCCACCUGGGCAGACUGCCACCUAGACAACAUCCCCAGUCAGCUGACCCCCAAGGACCCUCAGCUCUUCUUAGUGGACGUUGGCUACUUCAUCAACAGCAGCUGUCCCUCCAUGUUCCGGCCUGGCCGCCAAGUGGACCUCAUACUCUCCUUCAGCUACUCCCAAUCCUCACCCUUUGAGACGCUGCAGCAGGCUGAGAAGUACUGUAGAGGUCGGGGCCUGCCCUUCCCCCACGUGGAGCCCAGCCCUGAGGACCAAUGCCAACCCCAGGAGUGCCAUGUCUUCUCAGACCCCACCUGCCCCAAGGCCCCUGUUCUUCUGCACUUCCCUCUGGUCAAUGGCUCUUUCAGGGACCACUCAGCCCCUGGUGUCCGGCGCAGCCCUGCUGAGCUCCAGGCUGGUCAAGUGGAUCUCACUGGGGCCACCUCCCCCUACAUCCUGUACAACAUGACCUACAAGGAGGAAGACUUUGACCGUCUGCUGAAGCUCAGUGACUACAAUGUGCAGAACAACCAGAGCACCAUCCUGCAGGCCUUAAGGACUCUUCUGAAGUGCAGAGCCAUAGAGGCCAAGCCAUCGGGGGUGCAGACAUGA